AUGGGGCUGUGGAGUAUGUUGGUAGAGCCAAUGAGAAGCAAGAAAUGCUUGAGUUGCUCAAAAGUAACAAUUCCGAUGGAGUUUGUGUCCUUUCCAUCGUUGGCAUGGGAGUGGAUGGGGAAAACAACUCUUGCUCAGCUUGUUUACAAUGAUCCCAGCAUUAAGGAGUCUUUCGAUCACAAGUCCUGGGUAUGCGUUUCUGAUGACUUUGAUGCUGUUAACAUAACAAAGACGAUUUUAAGAUCCCUCGAUGCUGACUCACGUGAUGAGAAUGACUUGAACUUGCUUCAAGUCAUGUUGAAGGAGAAGUUAUCCGGAAAAAGGUUCUUGCUUGUUUUAGAUGACAUUUGGAACGAGAGUUACCGUGAUUGGACCAUCUUACGGCGUCCAUUUGGAGCAGGAACCAAGAUUAUUGUAACAACUCGACUCCAAAAGGUUUCAUCUAAUGUAGAUCCGGUGAAAGCGUUUUUCUUGGAUAAACUCUCGCAUCAUGAUUGUUUAUCCAUAUUUGCUCAGCAUGCAUUGAAAGCAAGAAACUUUGCUGGGCAUCCCCAAUUUAAAGAAAUUGGAGAGAACAUAGUGAGAAGGUGCAACGGCUUACCUUUGGCAGCAGAAGCCAUUGGAAGCUUAUUACGGACAGUUACCGAUCAUAGUGAAUGGGAAAAGUUAUAUGAGAGCGAGAUAUGGGACCUACCAGAAGAUCCAUGUGGCUUAAUUCCAGCUUUGCGAUUAAGCUACCAUUAUCUUCCUCCUCAUUUGAAACGAUGCUUUGCAUACUGCUCCAUAUUUCCUAAAGACUAUGAAUUUGAAGAAGAAGAGAUAAUCUUAUUAUGGAGAGCAGAAGGUUUCUUGCAAUCAAAAGCUGAAAUUCAAGGCACAGGUCUUGGAAACCAAUAUUUUCAAGAUCUAGUGUCAAGGUCAUUUUUUCAAAGAUCUAGUAAAGACAAAUCCCUUUUCGUGAUGCAUGAUCUUAUGAAUGAUUUAGCUCAAUUAGUUGCAGGAGAAAUAUGUUGCAGACUGGUGGGUGAAAAGCAACAAAAGUUUUCGCAUCGUUCUCGUCACUCAGCUUAUGUUAGCGAUGAUUGGUUUCACAGUGUAAAGAAGUUUGAAGCAUUUUAUCAAAUGACUUCUUUACGUACUUUCUUACCUUUACUUAAGGGUUCUUUCUUUGCGUGGGUAUAAGAUCCAUGAUUUGCCCGACUUUUUUGAAAAUUUAAAACAUCUACGCUACUUAAAUUUUUCUAGAACCCGAAGUAAAUGUUUACCUGAUUCUUUGUGUACUCUUUAUCAUUUGGAGACUUUAAUAUUAAGAGAUUGUUCAAAGCUCAAAAAUUUACCCUCGAAGAUCGAAAA